ACCAUGCCAGGAGCGCAACGAGAAGUCAUGUGGCCUAGACUGGUAGCCAACAAAAUCCUCAGGAAGAGAUCAUUGGCCGGAAGCAACAAUUUUGUCACAGAUUUUCCGAGCUAUAGAGAAACCUUUCUGGAAAGUGCAAGCUCAGGCCAACCAUCUCUGAGUAUCUUCAAUCAACAAAAGGACGUGCACAAGGUUUUCGUUAGUACUUGGAACGUUGGCGGGGUUGCACCACAUGAUGAUUUUAGUCUCGACAAUUUGCUCGACACAUGCAAUUCUUGCUGUGACAUUUAUGUUUUUGGGUUUCAAGAAAUUGUGCCUCUAAGUGUGUCAAAUGUUCUAGGAUCUGAGAAUAGCAAGAUUUCCAUGAAAUGGAAUUCCUUGAUUAGAGAAGCUCUGAACAGGAAACUACGCUUUGAUGGAAAACAUGGAAAGUCAACCGAAACCAGCAUUCCCCAAGACUUCCAAUGUAUUGUGAGUAAGCAAAUGGUUGGGAUAUUAAUAUCCGUCUGGGUUCGAAGUGAUCUUCGUCCAUUCAUUCGGCAUUCAAGUGUCUCAUGUGUCGGCUGUGGCGUCAUGGGCUGCCUCGGAAAUAAGGGUGCUGUGUCUGUCAGAUUUCGGUUACAUGAAACGAGCUUCUGCUUUGUGUGCAGCCAUCUUGCUUCUGGUGGAAGAGAAGGGGAUGAGAAGUAUAGAAACUCUAAUGUGGCUGAAAUAUUGUCCCGGACAAGUUUUCCUAGAAGCCCUUCACUUGAAUUGCCUCGAAAGAUUCUUGAUCAUGACCGGGUUAUCUUUCUUGGGGACUUGAAUUAUAGAAUUUCCCAACCAGAAGCAACAACACGAUUACUAGCAGAUAGAGAAGAAUGGAAUGCUUUACUAGAAAAUGAUCAGCUGAGGAUGGAGCUCAUGGAUGGUCAAGUACUCCAAGGUUGGCAUGAAGGCAGAAUCAAAUUUGCUCCCACUUACAAAUAUUAUCCGAAUUCUGACACCUACUAUGGGGGUGUUGAAGCCAAAAAGGGUGAAAAGAGACGCCCUCCUGCAUGGUGUGAUCGGAUAAUUUGGUAUGGAAAGGGUUUAAAGCAGCAUUUAUACAGUAGAGGUGAGCUAAGGUUGUCUGAUCAUAGACCUGUGAAUGCAAUAUUUACAGCAGAAGUUGGGGUUUCACAAACAUUUAAAGGGUUUCAAAGUUUCUUCCGAUCCGACAGGUAUGAAGUUGAAGUUUCCUCCACUGAUGAUAUUCAAUAUUGUAAAGGCAGAUCAUCAAGUUUCCAGUUGUAA